GAACUGAGUUUUUACAUUGUUCUUGUGAUUUAUUUCAGAUGAGCCAGCUAUGUUUAAGCAUGAUAGAAAAGGUCUUUUGUCCAUAUCAAUUGCUGAUCGUUAUGGUAUUGGUUCUCAUUUUGCAAUAACAUUGAAACCCGAUGACUAUCUUGACAGGUUCAAUGUGGUUUUUGGGCAGCUUGUUGAUGGAUUUGAUACGUUGAGAAAGAUUGAAGAGUUGCCUUCAUUGCCUGUUGAAGCUGAUGAUUAUGCUUCAUUGGUCGCUGUUAAAGUUGACGAUUGUGGGGUUUAUAUUGAAGGUAGUGAAAGCGAAACUGACAACAACAGUGAUGAUGAAAGUCUUGAAGAUGUUCCAUGGGGAAAGCGAAAGCGAAUAGAUCAUUCUCAAAAGAAUGCUGAAGUUAGGCGCCCCUUAACUAGGCUAACGGUAUUGCCGAUGCUUAAGCAGAAGAAUCCCUUGGUUUUUAUGGACGUCUGUAUAGAUGAUCAUUGUUGUGAAAGGAUGAUUUUUAAGCUAUUCUAUGAUAUAGCCCCCUUUACUGCAGAAAAUUUCCGUGCGCUAUGUACAGGAGAAAAGGGACUCAGUCCAAAUGGUCAGGUACUGUGGUAUGUAGGCUCUUUCUUUUAUCCCAUCGAGCAAGGUUGCUCCUAUAUCAAGGGGGGUGAUAUUUAUGCUGGAGGGGACUUUCAAGAAUUCACUUAUACUUCAAGAUGCCCAGAGGGAUGUGGAGAAAGCAUAUAUGGUUCAAACUUCCCAGAUGAGUCACCUACUCUUGAGCAUUCUAAAGAAGGUCUUUUGUCAAUGUCAAAAGAUGAUUGCAAAAAAUUUGGUUCUUUAUUUGUGAUCACAUUGAAAGCUGAUCCAUCCCUUGACAGUUCAUACGUGGUCUUUGGGGAGCUUAUUGGUGGAAAACGCACACUGAAUAUGAUUGGCGAAUCUGGUUUUAAGCUACCUGUUCAAAUCAUCAAAUGUGGUGGCUAUAUUGAAGGUUGAAGAUUCUGGUUCGGUUCUGAAUAAAGCACUGGGGCUGGUCUAUCGAAUUUUGGUCGUCGUUGUACUAUUCAGUUUAUUGUGGAUUGUGGACUCUAAUGUAGGCAUGAUACUGUGAUGCCAAGUUCAGGGAAUCAUGUUUUCUAUUGCAUUGUGUGGAACCUAUGGAUAAUCACUGCUUUUGUGAUCUAUCUUCUAGAAUACUGUGGAACCUAUUUUAAUUUAUGAAUGGAAGACUUGAUUUUAUUGUGACCCCA